GGCACAACACAACAAAAUGGCCGCCGCAUCGCUGGACGCCUGAAGGAAACAACCUGCGCGUCUCCCGCCCCGCCUCGUCCCGCGGGCCCGCUCGGAUCGGCUCCUCGGCGUCUUACAGGAGCUAUGGCGACCCAGAGAGGGGACCUGAGAAUGCAUUGUGACUUUGGAGCCACGUUACAAUUCAUAAAAGAAAGGAGUUGACCUAGAUUUCCCAAAUGCAUUGUUUUGAUGGACACCUGGCUUUAUUCUUGCCAUGAAGAAAGGUUCUCAGCAAAAAUUUUCCAAAGCAAAGAUGCCCCCAUCACCGCGUUCUCCUAGUUCACCAUCCCUCAUGUCCAAUAUGAGAUCUAGGUCACUUUCACCUUUAAGUGGAUCUGAGACUCUGCCUUUUCAUUUUGGAGGACAGUGGCAUGAGCAAGGUGAGAUCACAGAUGAAAGCACUAUGCUUCUGGACUACCAAGACCAUAAAGAAGCUGAUUCACAUGCAGGAGUCCGAUAUAUUACAGAGGCCCUUGUUAAAAAACUUACUAAACAGGACAAUUUGGCCUUGGUAAAAUCUCUGAACCUUUCACUUGCUAAAGAUGGUGGCAAGAAAUUUAGGUAUAUCGAAAAUUUGGAAAAAUGUGUUAAACUUGAAGUACUGAAUCUCAGCUAUAAUAUAAUAGGGAAGAUUGAGAAGAUGGACAAGCUGGUAAAAUUACGUGAACUCAACUUAUCAUAUAACAAAAUCUGCAAAAUUGAAGGCAUAGAAAAUAUGCAUAAUUUGCAAAAGCUAAACCUUGCAGGAAAUGAAAUUGAACAUAUCCCAAUAUGGUUAGGGAAGAAGUUAAAAUCUUUGCGAAUCCUCAAUCUGAAAGGCAACAAGAUAUCAUCGCUCCAAGAUGUAAGCAAGUUGAAACCACUUCAAGAUUUGACUUCUCUGAUCCUACUUGAAAAUCCAGUUGUGGCCCUUCCUCAUUACAUCCAGUUUACCAUUUUUCACCUUCGCUCAUUAGAAAGUCUGGAAGGUCAGCCAGUAACUACUCAGGACAGACAGGAAGCUUUUGAGAGAUUCAGUUUAGAAGAGGUAGAGAGACUGGAAAGAGACCUGGAAAAGAAGACAACGGAAACUGAAGAGCUUCGGAGCGCACAGACAAGGUUCCUUGAGGAAAUUAAAAGUCAAGAUAAAUUGAACAAAUCACUGAAAGAGGAGGCCAUGUUACAAAAACAGAGCUAUGAGGAGCUGGAGAGUAACCUAAACACGAAAAAUGAAUUGCUAAAACAGAAGACCAUGGAACUAAUGCGAGCGUGUCAAAAACAGUAUGAGAUGGAACAGGAAUUGGCCUUUUAUAAAAUUGAUGCCAAAUUUGAGCCACUAAAUUAUUAUCCAUCAGAGUAUGUCGAAAUUGAUAAAACCCCAGAUGAAAGUCCCUACAUUGGCAAAUCCAGAUAUAAGAGAAAUAUGUUCACUACAGAGAGUUACAUUAUUCCAAAUGCCCAGACCAUAAAGAUCGUAAGGAUGGAGCCAGAUGAAGGGGAACAACUCAAAAAUGAGCACGUGAACUUGAGAGCCCAUACGCCACUGGACAUAGAACUGGAAGACAAAGAAAAAAAAAUAAGUGCAGCGCAAACUCGACUAUCAGAACUACAUGAUGAAAUAGAAAAGGCAGAACAACAAAUUUUAAGAGCUACUGAGGAAUUUAAACAACUGGAAGAAGCGAUACAGCUUAAAAAAAUUUCAGAAGCAGAGAAAGAUCUUCUUUUCAAGCAGUUGGGUAGUAGGAUACAACUUCUCAAUAAGUUACGCCAAGAAGUUGUGGAUCUCGAAACACAGAUGGAAAAGCAAAGGCAAGAAAUUGCUGAAAAGCAGAAUGAGAUCAAGGACCUGCAAAUAGCCCUAGAUAGCCUGGAUUCCAGAGACCCAAAACAUUGCCAUAUGAAGGCUCAGAAAAGAGGUAAAGAACAACAACUUGACAUCAUGAACAAGCAGUACAAACAACUUGAAAGCCGUUUGGAUGAGAUACUUUCUAGAAUUGCCAAAGAGACUGAAGAGAUUAAGGACCUUGAACAACAGCUUACUGAAGGACAAAUAGCAGCAAAUGAAGCCCUGAAGAAGGAUUUAGAGAGUGUCAUCAGUGGGUUACAAGAAUACCUGGAGACUAUCAAAGGCCAGGCAACCCAGGCCCAGAAUGAGUGCAAAAAGCUACAGGAUGAGAAAGAGACAUUGCUCCAGAGAUUGAGUGAGGUCGAGCAGGAAAGGGACCAACUGGAAAUAGUUGCCAUAGAUGCAGAAAAUAUGAGGAAGGAGCUCGCAGAACUGGAGAGUGCCCUCCAGGAGCAGCAUGAGGUGAAUGUAUCCCUGCAGCAGACCCAGGGAGAUCUCAGUGCCUAUGAGGCUGAGCUAGAGGCUCAGCUGAAAAUACGGGAUGCUGAAGCCAGCCAGCUCAAGGAGGAGUUGGAAAAACUUAGAAGGUUCAGCCAGUUAGAACAGUCGGCCCUUCAAGCAGAACUUGAGAAGGAAAAGCAAGCCCUCAGGAAUGCCCUCAGAAAAGCCCAGCUCUCCGAAGGAAAAGACCAAGAAAACAACGAGCUCCGCACACAACUUAAACAGCUGCAGGAUGACAAUGACCUGUUAAAACAGCAACUUAAAGAUUUCCAGAAUCACCUUAACCAUGUGGUUGAUGGUUUGAUUCGUCCAGAAGACGUGGCAGCUCGCGUGGAUGAGCUAAGGAAAAAACUGAAGUCAGGAGCCGGGGAAAUGAGAAUCCAUACUCCUUCAGAUGUCUUAGGGAAAAGUCUUGCUGAUUUGCAGAAACAGUUCAGUGAAAUCCUUGCACGCUCCCAGUGGGAAAGACAGGAAGCACAAGUGAGAGAGAGAAAACUCCAGGAAGAAAUGGCUCUGCAACAAGAGAAACUGGUGAACGGACAAGAGGAGUUCAGGCAUGCCUGCGAGAGAGCCCUGGAAGCGAGAAUUAGUUUCGAUAAGAGGCAGCACGAAGCGAGAAUCCAACAGUUGGAGAAUGAAAUUCACUAUUUGCAAGAAAAUCUAAAAAGUAUGGAGGAAAUCCAAGGCCUUACAGAUCUCCAACUUCAGGAAGCUGAUGAAGAGAAGGAGAGAAUUCUGGCCCAACUCCAGGAGUUAGAGAAAAAGAAGAAACUUGAAGAUGCCAAAUCUCAGGAGCAGCUUCUCGGCUUAGACAGAGAAUUAAAGAAACUAAAGAAAGCCGUGGCCGCCUCUGAUAAGCUGGCCACAGCUGAGCUCACCAUUGCCAAAGACCAGCUCAGGUCCCUUCAUGGAACUGUUAUGAAAAUUAACCAAGAGCGAGCAGAGGAGUUGCAGGAGACGGAGAAGUUCAGCAGACAGGCAGCGCAGGCGGCCAAGGAUCUGACCCGAGCAGAAGCUGAGAUUGAACUCCUGCAGAACCUUCUCAGAGAUAAAGAGGAGCAGUUUCGACUUGAGAUGGAGAAAGUAGAUGUAGGCCCUGGAGUAGCAAACUCACACGUGCUGGAGAUGGAGAAACUGAAUGAGACGAUGGAGAGGCAAAGGACAGAGAUCGCAAGGCUGCGGAAUUUACUAGACCUCACCGGGGCUGGUAACAAAGGAAGCUUUGAAAAUGUUUUGGAAGAAAUUGCUGAACUUCGACGUGAAGUUUCUCAUCAGAACGAUUACAUCAGCAGCAUGGCAGAUCCUUUCAGAAGACGAGGCUACUGGUACUUUAUGCCACCACCAUCAUCAUCAAAAGUUUCCAGCUAUAGUUCCCAGGCCACCAAAGACUCUGGUGUAGGCCUAAAGUACACAGCCUCAACUCCUGUUAGAAAACCAUGUCGCGGAUGGCAGGAUGGAAAGGAGGAGAGUGGGCCUCCACCUGUCUCAGGAUACUGGGUUUAUUCUCCCAUCAGGAGUGGGUUACAUAAAUCGUUUUCAAAUAGAGAUGCAGACAGUGGAGGAGAUAGUCAGGAAGAGAGUGAGCUGGAUGACCACGAGGAACGCCCAUUCGUGCCUCCUUCUGGAUACAUGAUGUACACUGUGUUUCCCGAUGGUUCUCCUGUUCCCCAGGGCAUGGCCCUGUACGCACCACCUCCUCCCCUGCCCAACAACAGCCAGCCUCUCAGCCCUGGCACUGUUGUUUAUGGCCCACCUCCUGCUGGAGCCCCCAUCGUGUAUGGGCCUCCGCCCCCCAACUUCUCUGUCCCCCUCAUCCCUGUGGGGGUGCUGCAUUGCAACGUCCCGGAACACCAUAACUUGGAGAAUGAAGUUUCUAGAUUAGAAGACAUCAUGCAGCAUUUAAAAUCAGAGAAACAGGAGCAGUGCACGAGAGCAUCCAAGCGGCAGUCGGUGAAAGAAUUGGAAGAGCUGCAUCGUAAUAUUGAUGGUCUCUUGCAAGAGAAGAAAGACUUACAGCAUGAAGUAGAAGAAUUACAUGAUACCAUCCAGAAACAUAAACAGCGAAAAGACUUCCUUGAUGGAAAUGUCGAGAGUCUUAUGAACGAACUAGAAAUAGAGAAGUCACUCAAACACCAUGAAGAUAUCGUGGAUGAAAUUGAGUGCAUCGAAAAGACCCUUAUGAAACGUCGAGCAGAACUCAGGGAAGCUGACCGGCUGCUGGCGGAGGCCGAAAGUGAACUUUCACGCACGAAGGAGAAAACAAAAGAUGCCGUUGAGAAGUUCACUGAUGCCAAGAGAAAUCUAUUGCAAAUCGAAAAAGAUGCUGAGGAGUUAGAAAGGAGAGCCCAGGAAACUGCUGUUAACCUUGUCAAAGCUGACCAGCAGCUCAGAUUACUCGAGGCUGACGCAAAGGGUUUGGAGCAGCACAAAAUGGAGCAAGAAGAAACUUUGAAAGAAAUAAACAAAGUUGUUGCAGCCAAAGACUCCGACUUCCAGUGCCUGAACAAGAAGAAGGAAGUACUGACCGCAGAGCUGCAGAAAUUGCAGAAGGACAUCGAGGCCGCACAACACAAUGAGGAUCACCACCUGCACGUCCUGAAAGAGUCAGAGACCCUCCUGCAGGCCAAGAAAGCUGAGCUGGAAAAGCUGAAAAGCCAGGUAUCCGAUCAGCAGCAAGAACUGGCCGUCUUGGACAGGGAGUUAGGGCAUAAAAAGGAAGAGCUGCGUCUACUCCAGGGAAGCAUGGUCCAGGCCAAAGCUGACCUCCAGGAGGCGCUGAGACUGGGAGAAACCGAAGUAACUGAGAAGUGCAAUCAUAUUAGGGAAGUAAAAUCUCUUCUGGAAGAACUGAGUUUUCAGAAAGGAGAACUCAAUGUCCAGAUUAGUGAAAAAAAAACUCAACUUGCACUCAUAAAGCAGGAAAUUGAAAAAGAGGAAGAAAAUCUUCAGGUAGUUUUAGGGCAGAUGUCUAAACAUAAAACUGAACUAAAGAAUAUUCUGGACAUGCUGCAACUUGAAAGCAAGGAGCUGCAAGGUUUGAAGCUACAACAUGAGCAAAAGUUGUCCGAGUUAGAGAAGACUCAGGUCGAAGUGCUGGAGGAGAGACUGGAGUUAGAGAAUCUGCAGCAGACAGCCCUGCAACGGAAAGGGGAAAUUGAGUGGCAGAAGCAGGUCCUCGAGAGGGACAGACGGGAAAUAGAGCGGAUAACUGCCGAGACCCGAGUGCUACAGUCGUGUGUUGAGUCUUUGAGCAAAGAAAAGGAAGAUCUCGAAGAAAAAUGUGACAGCUGGGAAAAGAAGUUGGCACAGAGCAAACGGGUUUUGGCAGCUGCAGAAGAGAAUAGCAAAAUGGAGCAGGCAAACUUAGAGAAGCUGGAAUCGGAUGUCAGAAACUUGCAGCAGGGGCUGGACCGACUGCACAGAGAGAAGCUCUCACUGCACAAAGACAUGGCAGCCACGCAGCAGCAGCUCCGAGAAAAACAAGAAGCAGUAAACUCACUACAGAAAGAACUAGCUGAUGUCCAAGACCAUCUGAACCUAGCCAAACAGGACCUGCUUGACAUCGCCGAGCAGAAGGACGUGCUGCUCAGCGAGCAGACCAGGCUCCAGAAGGACGUCGAGGAAUGGAGGAAGAAGCUCGAAGACUGCCAGAAAGAAGGGGAGACAAAGCAACAACAGCUUCAAGUGCUUCAGACGGAGAUUGAAGAAACCAAGGCGAAGCUAGCCCAACAAGAAACGAUGUUUCAGAGACUCCAGCAAGAGACAGAAUGUGAAGAAAAGAAGUUAGAAGCCAGUAAGGCGACUCUGAAGGAGCAGCAGCAAGAGCUGGAAAAGGAAUUAACGCAGCAGAAGAGCAAGCUGGACCAGGUGCUCACAAAGGUGUUGGUGGCGGAGGAGCGUGUCAGGGCUUUGCAGGAAGAGGAGAGGUGGAGUGAGACCCUGGAGAAAGCGCUCUCCCAGACCAAACGACAGCUUUCGGAACGGGAGCAGCAGCUAACGGAAAGGUCAAGUGAGCUACUGACUCUCCAGAAAGAGGCGGACUCUAUGAGGGCAGACUUCAGCCUCUUGCGGAACCAGUUCUUGACAGAAAGGAAGAAAGCCGAGAAGCAGGUCGCCAGCCUGAAGGAAGCACUUCAGGUCCAGCGGAGCCAGCUGGAGAAGAACCUUCUGGAGCAAAAGCAGGAGAACAGCUGCAUGCAGAAGGAAAUGGCAACAAUCGAGCAGGUGGCCCAGGACAACCACGAGCGGGCCAGGCGCCUGAUGAAGGAGCUCAGCCAGAUGCAGCGCGAGUACGUGGAUCUCAGGAAACAGAUGACACACCAAAAAGAUUUGGAGAGAAGACAAAUGGAAAUCAGUGAGGCGAUGAGAUCACUUAAAUGUGAGGUGAAGGAUGAAAUCAGAACCAGCCUGAAGAAUCUCAACCAGUUUCUUCCAGAACUACCAGCAGAUCUGGAGGCUAUUUGGGAAAGGAAUGAAAACCUAGAGGGAGGGUUGGAAAGCUUGAAAGAAAACUUCCCAUUCACCGUGAGUGAGAGACCAUCACCUUUUGAAGAAAAACUGAAUUUUUCCCAGAUUCACAUAAUGGAUGAACACUGGCGUGGAGAGGCACUCCGAGAGAAACUGCGUCACCGUGAAGAUCGACUCAAGGCCCAGCUUCGACACUGUAUGUCCAAGCAAGCAGAAGUGUUAAUUAAGGGGAAGCGGCAGACAGAGGGCACUUUACACAGCCUGAGGAGACAGGUCGAUGCUCUGGGGGAAUUGGUCACCAGCACCUCUGGAGACUCCACGGCGUCACCCAGUCUGUCUCAGACAGAGUCUUCCCUUGCUGAGGACUCUCAACCUGGACCGAGCCAGAGCUCCUUCCAGGUUCUACAGGGUCCGUCACAAUUUCUGGACAGUUACCGACACUGAUGCCAUUCCCAGCUCCCGGCCCAUGGGGGAAGAGAACUGUUCAGCCAGAUGCGGAAACCUGAGGAAAUACCUUCUCUACCUCACUUCGUAACUGGAGUGCCGCUUGGUUUUUAUCAAGAUCCAGUGAACUCAGAUGCUGCACCUCCACUGUAGCUUACCCCACCUGUAUCGUUAAAUGCCAGGGUUUUUGUAAAUCACAUGUACAUAUGGGAAUCGUUGUGUACAACUUAAACCAGGGUCCUAGAUGGCUGAGGGUUUUGGUUUUUUUUUUUAUCUUUGAAUGUGUUGCCAUAAAACUACCGCUGAUUGUAAUUGCAAAUUGUAAGCUAUAAACUGGUGAAAUUAUAGCUACGUAGAGAAAAAAACAAUGUACUCAAGCCCUUCAUUUAUAGUGUCAAAUUUUAUUUUUGGAUUUUGCUUAAAAUCUAUUUUCAUAUGAAAAUAAAAGAUAAAAUAGUCUGU